AUGAGUUGCUUAAGCUGGAAUUGUCGUGGGCUUGAGAACCCGCGGGCCAAACAAUUCUUAUUGGACCUUGUGUUCCAAAAGAAGCCCAAUGUUUUAUUUCUUUGUGAAACUCUUUGUAACAAGGCUAGUAUGGAGGGCAUUAGAGCCCAUUUGGGUUUUGAAGGUUCUUUUGUGGUAGAGGCUCGGGGACAUAGUGGUGGCUUAGCUUUGCUAUGGAAGGAUGCAAGUGAGGUUGUAAUUCAAGGCUUUUCUUUCUCUCAUAUUGAUGCCACGAUACAAAUGAUAGGGUAUUCAACUUGGAGAUUCACCGGCGUUUAUGGAGAACCUAAAAGAGAGCUUCGUUAUCGUACUUGGGAUCUCUUUCGGUCUCUCAAGCAUGAUAGCAGCCUCCCUUGGUGUCUCAUGGGAGACAUGAACAACUUGGCGUCCCAGUUCGAGAAGAAAGGGGGAAGGAAAUAUCCUGACCGCCUUAUAGAUGGUUUCCUUGGUGCUUUGGACGAUUGUAAUCUGGUGGAUUUACCACUUGUCGGCUACCCGUACACCUGGGAGAAGGGAAGGGACAUCAGGGAGUGGAUUGAAGAAAGGUUGGAUCGAGCUCUAGUGACCCACGAUUGGAUGUCUUUGUUCACUCAAUUGGUUCUGCUCAACUUGGAAAUUUCAACUAGCGAUCACUGCCCGAUUUUUCUUGUCUUCAAAGGUAACAUUCCAUCUAGCUCUCAUCACUCUUUUCGCUUUGAAAAUGCAUGGCUCCGCGAACCCCUCUGUGAGCAGAUUGUGGAGAGUUGUUGGGGGGAAUCGGGUAUUACCGGUAUUCAAGGAAAAAUCUUGAGAUGUGGGGAAGUUUUGGGAAGGUGGGUAUGGGAUAUUACUGUGUUGGAAGGUAUAAGGCCUACUGUUAGCCGUGAGCAGAAUAAAGCUCUUUUGGAGAUGGUUUCUGAGGAAGAAGUUAGGAAUGCUCUUUUCCAAAUGCAUCCUGACAAGUCCCCAGGGCCCGAUGGUAUGACUCCAGCAUUUUACCAGAAGCAUUGGAAUAUUGUUAGGGCUGAUGUGAUUCAUUUUGUUCGAGAGUUUUUCAAUUCGGGUCAAUUCCCGGAAUCAAUAAAUGAUACACAUAUUGUCCUUAUUCCAAAGAAGAAAAAUCCUUCACAGAUGGGAGAUCUUCGACCGAUUUCUCUUUGUAAUGUUCUCUACAAAAUUACUUCGAAGGUUGUUGCUAAUAGAAUGAAGAAUGUUUUGAACUACGCUAUCUCGGAAACUCAAAGCGCAUUUGUGUCAGGAAGGUUAAUCUCGGACAACAUCAUGGUGGCUUUUGAAGUGAUGCACUACCUGAAAAGAAAAACCAAUGGUAGGAAGGGUUAUAUGGCACUUAAACUCGAUAUGAGUAAAGCCUAUGAUCGUGUUGAGUGGGGUUUCCUGGAGGCUACUCUUCGAGUGAUGGGUUUUAGUGAUCGAUGGAUUGGUUUAACUCUCAGCUGUGUUAAUUCGGUGCAGUACCAAUAG